ACACAUGGAAAAACUCUGCCAAAUUGCCAGUCUUUCUUUUAUGCACAAGGCCCAUGGAGGCGGUUCCACUUGUGUGACUAGAGCAUUCUGUGGUGACGAAAUGAUCGUGAGGGACACACUUCAGUAGCUUCGUAAUUGCAAAUGAUUAAAUUCAUUGAACUUGCGUGUUGGGCAUGUAUACAUUAUAUUUUGAGAAACCAACUUUGAACAUGGAGACAGGUGUGGGAAUGAAACUCUUUGCCGUUUUAAGUUUGUUUGUUGCGAUACAAGCGCAAGAUCCAACAGUAACCGUAGCAGAAGGAAACCUCGUCGGGAAAACCGUUCAGUUUAUCGAAAGUCAAUUUAUCAACGUUAGUAAAAAUGUUGAUGUAUUUCUGGGAGUGCCUUACGCAGAUCCACCCCGACGUUUUAAACCACCUACAGCCAAGCAGGAAUGGGAUGGCUCUCUAAACGUGAAGGAGUUCAAACCAGCAUGCAAACAGGAGCAACACUUUCUUCCACGUGGAGAACCAGUGGAUGAAGAUUGUCUUUACCUCAACAUCUAUGCCCCAAGUCCAAAGCCCACUAACGCAGCUGUUAUGGUGUGGAUCCAUGGAGGAGGUUUUAUUUCUGGGACAGCUAUGACAUACUCAUACUACGGCGUGCCACUGGUUGCCGUAGGUGACGUCAUCGUCGUGGCAAUAAAUUACCGUCUGGGCGCCUUCGGCAAGUUCACCACAAAGGAUGAUGAGGCUCCAGGAAAUGUGGGCAUGCUAGAUCAAGUUGCUGCUAUUCAGUGGAUCCAUGAUAAUAUCGGAGCUUUCGGGGGUGACAACAGUAGGAUCACGCUGUUUGGAGAGAGUGCAGGAGCAGUAUCCGUCGAAUUUCACACACUUUCAAAACUUAGCGAAGGGUUGUUCAAUCAGAUAAUAACACAGAGCGGUACGACCCUCCCCUUCUUUGCAUUUGACGUGAGAACAAAUGAAGAAGAGGUCAAAAACGCUUAUGAUUUUGGAGCCACUUUAGGGUGUACUGGUUCGAAUUCUUCAGAUCUUCUUGCUUGUUUGGAAGGGAAGACUUCGGAUGAAAUCCUGUAUGCUGGGGCGACUUUCUACGCAUACUCUGCUAUAUCAGUGGACGGGUAUUUUCUUGAGGAUACACCGACCAAUCUGUACAAGAAAGGCGACUUCAAGAGGUGUCCAAUGAUGACAGGAGUCAACAAGGAUGAAGGAACCUUAUAUCUUCCUCCACUUCCUCCGAGCGGUUACAAUGACCUCGGAAGGCCACUUCUUCCGCAUUUAGACCAGCCAACCGUCAGAGAGUACAUCAGGGCAGGUUUACUUAUCAGCGGUCUCGAGGACGAUAUAUUUAUCGACGCCAUUCUGCAGGAAUACAUGGAUUGGUCUGUCGCAGACGAUCCUUCUGCUAAUGUGGUUUCAACCUUCCUAGAGUACUCUGGAGACUCUGACUUUGUAUGUCCAACAGAUUUCGUCUCCAGGAUCCAUGCUCGUGAGGGCGACCAAGUAUUCAAAUAUUUCAUGACUCAUAUACCAUCAAGGAGUACUUUCGAUGGUUUUCAAGGCAUCCAUUGGUAUGCAGCUGGUCACGCAGAGGAUUUAGCGUUUGUCUUUGGGCAUCCUUUCAUCAACCAGCUUGAAGAUAUAGGACAGACUCAUCUGCUCACUGAUCAAGAAAAGGAGCUUUCGGUGAAAGUCAUGACAUUUUGGACCAACUUCGCAAAAUCAGGUGAUCCGAGCAAGUCGAGUCAAGAUACAGACCCUGGUGAAGGAGAGAGCUACUGGCCACAAUUUACUGUCCCUGAGUUAUACCACAAAGUAAUAUCCCUCGAUCUGGAGGUUGAGAGGGCACUCAAGGCCAGGGAAUGCCACUUCUGGAACGUUUUCUUCCCCGAACUUCAGGAAUUUGUUGAAUCUCUGCCAGCAACUGGGGAUGACGCGUUGAUCAAAUGGCAGAAUAGUUUUCAGGAGUGGAAAGGGAUCCUGAAUGAUUGGGAAACAUCGUAUGAAAAAUAUAAAAAGUCACCAACCUGUCCAUGAAGUCGACCAUCGACAGAAGCAAGUAUAGACAUUCAGAUGGGACGAUAUCUUAUCUCAAUACAUAUUACCAAACUAGUCUGAUGAGUUUAUUAUAUUAUUGUUCCUGAUCAUGGUACUACUAGUGAUUCAAGUUCCGAGUUUCGUAUUUAGCCCACAGGUAAAUAGAUAUAUGGCUAGAAUAACAGUAAAUAACAUAAUGCUCUGAAUUAAAGGUCGAAAAUUGGAACGAACUCCAACAACAGUAGUACUCUAUUCGGAGGUUUCUUCACUUCGUGAAAUGUGGUAUCAAUGGAUUGUAUACACAAUACAUUAUUUAACAUUUGUCUAAAACAAUACAAUUGUUGGUGGUAAUAAAAAUAAUUGUCAUAACAUAUAUUAUAAUCGUAAAAUUGCAAGUCAUCAUAGUAAUGUACGUGCUUAUUGCUUAUGCAUGUAUUUGGAUGGUCUUUGUUAAGAAUCAAAUGGUGAGUUGUUGAUUGAUGCAGAAUAUUGAUAAAAAACGUAUAUUGUCCAGUUUAAUUUUUAUUUUUCGAUUUAGAUGAAAUACCCCCAUCUUUUCUUUCUGUAAAUGCGUUUAUACAUAUAAAUAUAUAUAUACAUAUUUUCAGAGUCCUUCAUCAUUUACUUUAGAUAAGAUGUAAAUCUGUAAUUGCGUUUGAUUUGACUGCUCUAUCUUAAAUUUCAUUCAUUCCGAUAAAGAAGGGCAUAAGGAAAUUCACGCAAGCAAUGAUAAUUAAUUCAAAUGGUAUUCAGCGGAAUAUAAAGGGUUUGGUGUUUGAUAUUUUCUCGGAACACUUUCUUUGUUAUCGAUGUUUUUAAUCGUUUAUUUCAUAGUUUUGAUUAUCUGAAGACUAAAAAUUUAACUUGUAAUAUUUAUAUGCCCUCGUAUUGUAUUUUUAUAUACCCUACUUUGAAUUACCCAACCAUUGCCUUUUUUUUGCUUUCUGUAUCUUUCCCUCUUUUAUUUGACUCCAGUCUUUUUUUCUCUCCGUCUGAUUUACCCCUUGUAAUCUCAUUUAUUAUGUCAUUAGGUGCCUUCAUACAUGUUUUGCAAUUUGUAUUCUUUUUUGGUUUGUAAUUACAUUUUGAUGGAAUGAUGAAUAUGCUUUGCGAUCUAAUCACAAAAAAAAAUGAGAGGAAGAUAAUUAAAAGAAGGCCAUUGAUGAAUCACUUUUAUUACAACAAUACAAAACUUGGAUGGAUAUAAUGCCAUUGUGGUAAGAAAAUUAGAAAUUUUCCAGCUAGUGGAUAGAUGCUCUGUAAAUCAGACUAAAAUGUAAACUGGCCUCAAUAAGAUGUGUACUAUUGCAUUUUUCUUCGAUCAAAUGGUAUGUGUAUAGUUAGGAGAGGAGGCAAAUAUUAACAAAAAAUGUAAAUAUAAAGAAAGAAGAAUAGUGAUGGGAGUUAACACGGUGAUAAUAAGGCAACAGAGCGGGGAAAGGGGGGGGGGGCGGCACUGAAGAGAGAAAGAAAAGGGAGAUGUUGGUCUGACUAAAAGAACAUGAUGGAGAUAAAAAGAGAAACAGUGUAGAGAGAGAAUUUGUGUGGUGUUUGUAGGACACACAUACGUGCUCGUACACCCCGUCUUGUUAUUUGACAAACGGGGACCAACUUUGCGUUAAUUGGCAAAGUGAGGACGUGUGUUUGGGGUCUCAUACAUUACUUGGAAUCAAAUGCACAAACCGAGCUCAUUUUCGGACGUAACGUGAACAUAGUUCGCUAACCGGAGACGCUUCCUACCCCUACACACAAAUAAAUCAUGUGUUUACUAUAUUAAACAGUUUGAAAUUAGAUUUGAAAACGAUAGCAUGGUUUUUCGAGACUGGGACGUCCCUGGUUGAGUGAUUACCCCGCUGAAAGAUAAAAUGUUAAGAAAAUGAUUCCAGAAGUAGGUCAUUAUUACACAUCCCCACACAUUUUCUCACACGGUUCUAUUUUUUCUCUAUAUAUCGCUUUCUCUCUUUCUUUAUCCGUCUCCUGUCCAUUAUCCCUAUUCGGAAUCUGUCACUCGAUUCCCUUUGUUUCCCCAUGCCUCCUCCCCCCUCUCUCUCUCACACAUACACCCACUCCUACCCUAUCACACACCCACCCUCAUCUACAUCUGUCUAAAAAGUAUCCGGUAUAUCAACUCGGAGACGAAUCGUAUAUUAUUUUUCAAUGUAAAACACCGUUUGAUAGAAAUUGUUUAAUGCUAAUGACGUCAUAGCGUGAAAUAAGUAGGGAAAUGGAAUUGUUUGCACACGGUCCCAUCUUAGUUUGAAAGUUGAUCAGCAUAUGACUUGUUUGAGUCUUACCAAAUGCCAUAUGAGGCAAAUAAAGAAUUAUCGAUCAAAUACAAAUCUUACCAUAUUG